GGGGUUAGCUAUCGUUGACGCCAAUUAGCCUACAUUAUGUUUUAUAUUCCCAACUCGAAUGAAAUCACAUCAAUGUGUCCGACUAUAAGCCAGUUGUGACAUGCUAACGAAUCAGUUAUAGCAACACGAUGCUAGAUAAAUCCACGAAUUUAGAUUUCCAUUUAGAAAUGCUUAGGUUGACUUACCCGAUGCUAAGCUAGCGAUUUAUUGAAUGGCUAACAUGAACCGUCUUUCAAUUUAAUGUUGGUUUAUUAAUAUUCAAGCUGGGUAACUUUGGUUAAAUGUGUCCGGCGACGAUGACGUGAACGUAAGAAUGUCGUUCAUUCAACACAUUUUCAUUGAGGCUGGUUUAAUUACGCCCUCUACUUUAUACUGCCAGCUUGCCUGACCUUAAUUAACGUGGUGAUUUCCUGUAUCUAACGCUAGUUGACGUGGGCUAAUCAUUUCGGCCAUGUUGACGUUAGUUAUAACGCCAGCUUUUAAGUGCUAACGUUUAGCUAAAAUUAGCUAUCGUCGAUGUAGUUCGGCAGACUGUCGGUAGCUCGUGACACCGAUAACGUGGCCUUGCCAAGAAGUUCGUGUGAACCUCCGGUCCUAGUCACGAAAUGGAAAGACGGCUAGAAGACAAGCUGAGGAUCAGCCAGAAAGAAAAGGAGUCCAAUAAUAUUUCCCUACAAUCUACAUUGAAGACCACCAUGGUGAUACAAGACGACUCCCUACCAGCAGCCCCCCCACCUCAGAUCCGCAUUUUAAAGCGGCCUUCGAGCAACGGGUCGUUGGGAUCACCCUUGAACCGGAACAGGCCCACGCCACAGGUCAAGUCUUUGGCUCAGCGUGAGGCCGAGUAUGCCGAAGCCAGAAAAAGAAUACUAGGCAGCGCCGGCCCAGAUGAGACGCCUCAGGACAAACCCAACACUGACCGGACCGGGCGCAAUAAUUCUACCAUGCCCUCAGAGGACCCCCGAUCAAACGGUCACACUGUCCGGCAGCCAGCCGCCCCGGACGGCACCCAAGGGUUCCGACAGCACAGAUAAGGGGGACCUGGGGCGGCCCAGCCACCGUGGGGAAAGACAACAAGGGCCACCCGAGAGAAACGACCGCACCGUAUUUGUAAAAACCAAGCCUCCCUCCUUCAGUUCUGCGACAUCGACUGGGUUUCGAGUACAGCCUCCCCACUUCCCAGCUCUUCCCACCAGUUGCGUGGAGCAAAGAACUCAAGGAGGAAGUCGAUCGGAUACAUGCUUUCUUCUCUCCUCACUCCGGUCUGUUUGACACUGAUAAUGAACAUCUUCCUGACUCACUGUGAUGAUCCCUUUAAGAGACGCCCCUCACCUCCACCGGCCUCCACCUCCCAGUGCCUAGCGGCUCCAUCCCAGGGCGACCGCAAGGCAGAAGCAAAGACUUAUACAAAAGGCGGCAGAGCGAGGAGGUGAGGGGCCAUGGCAAAAUGAGAUGAGCUGGUUAUCGGGCAGCAGCCUCUCUCCAGUAGUAACACCCCUCGCACCUUUUUUACACACGCUUUUAAUUUUCAGAUGCGGGCUCACAAGAUGGUUUUUGUAUUUGUUUUUGCUUGUCUUUAGUUUUCUAUACUAAGGAUUCUCUGAUAUCCACAGAUAAACAUGCUUUACAUUAUAUGUACACCGCCAAGAACCUGUUCGUUUAAGCGGUAUUCAUUUGAGAUUUUAGACAAACGGCAUCUGCAGUGUUAAUGAAAUAGGAAUCAUUAUUUUUCUAUGUUUGGUGGUCAACUAGUCUUAAGACUUUGUUUUGGUUGGACAUCCUGGGCUUCAGCUUGUGGGUCACAUCUUUCUUUGUAAACUUCCCACCAAAGCUGAGUUUCUUAACCGGUACCUGCCUGGUAUCUGAGAACCUAUUAUGUAAAUUACCAUUUUUUUUGUUUUUUUAAAACUGAGGCUAAAGGGUCCUUGUGCGUCUAGUUGUAUAUCUGUUUACGGUUUCUGUCUUUGCUUUUUAAAAUGCGCCUUUCAGCUGUAUUUCUUUUGACCCUCACAUCAUUUCUAUUUAAUACUAAAAGCAAAAUGGAUAUUGCGGUUUCAAGUCUAAGUAGCUUUUCUGCCUUUUCUUUGUAUAAUCUAGUAGCAAUGUUGGAGCAGUAUUUUAACCGAAAUGAACCAAAAUCCCAUUUUAAAAUCAACUUGUGUAUAUCAUUUGGAUGUCAUCAUGGAAGGGGUGUUGGUAGAAACAUGAGGGUCAGCUGGGUGGAUGACUGGACCGCUGUGCUUCAGGAGCGCGCUUGUUUCUUCAUGUCUCACUGACGUAGCGUGCGCAGGAGAACUCAGGAGAAAGUGAAUGAGACAAACUAAGAUUGUAUUUUUUCCAGAAGGUUUGAUUGCUCAAAAAGCAAAUGUCCUUAUUUAGCACGACGUUAAACAGUGCUAACACAUGAGUUGUAACUGACACGAUGUCCACGUCCCGAGACGAAUCAGUGCCGUUUGUAUUUUUGGUCUGACUGUUGGCAGCACGGUAUGAAAUGGUUACAUCACCCUGCGUGAUUUGUUGUAUAACUGAUGGUGCUCUGCUGAAAUGGGACAGGGAGACGAAGCUGUGUGUGAACCAGAGAGGCAGUGACCGCCUUUAGGAGCAGGACCGUUGUGCCCAGUGGAUCUCAAUCAAGCCAUUUAUUUAGAGGUGCACAUAAAGACAAGUUUGUACAAACAUUGGAUUCAGAUCGUGCCUCCUGUAUCACAUCUUUGCUUCCGGGUUGUGGAUUUUGUUACUGUUCAACUAAACUGAAUCUGCCAGAAUUCACAACACUCUUAACAGAUUUCAGUAAAAAGAGCAGGUGACGGAUGAAUCCAGCUGAGCUGGGAGGGAAGACAAACUGCCUGUAAAUACAAUUUAAUAAAAGGAUUUUCAAAAAUGAAA